AGGUGACCCUGGGCCAUCCCGCCAAGUGCGCGGCGUACAGCCCCAACGGCGAGAUGCUUUCCAUCGGCAUGGAGAACGGGGAGUUGCUCGUCCUGCUGGUCAACUCGCUCAGCGUCUGGGGCAAGAAGCGAGACCGCAGCGGCGCCAUCCAGGACGUACGGUUCAGCCCGGACAACCGUUUCCUGGCGGCGGGGUGCGCCGAGAGCGCCGUGGACUUCUACGACCUUUCCCUGGGCUCCUCCCUCAACCGCGUCGGCUACUGCAAGGACAUCCCGGGCCGC